AUGGCUUUCGGUGACCGUGAUUACCCACUCGGUGGAAAUGAGGAUCCAAUGACAAUGGGGACCUCAACAACUCCAGAAGACGAUGUGUUGGGUCUCGAUCAACCCUUAAAACUCAAAAAAAGAAUCCAAAUAGCACGUAUGGAUAAUCAACGUAUAUUCAACUCGCAAAAAGGUUUACCAUAUAUAGUCAAAAACUAUCCAAAGCUAAUACGAACAAUCCAGAAGAAUGAUAAAACAUUUCAGCAAAAAGCAGUAAGAAAUACUGUUUCUAGACUGGAGAAAUUUGAACAUGAAUAUAAUAAUUUAUUAUCAGUUUUACAAUUUUAUCAAUUAUGGUGUCAUGGAUUAUUCCCAAAAGCCACUUUUAAGGAUUGCAUUCAUUUGAUUAGAGGUCUUGGUUCCAAAUCACCUCAGUUGAGAUUAUACAGAAGAGAAUUAAUUGAAGCCGAAUUGGCAAAAUUGAGGGUGGAAAAAGGUAUUGUUGACCCUUCGAAUGAGGAACAUCAUGAAAUAUCUGCUACUGGAACUGCUCUACCAGAGGGCAAUGUUACCACUAAUGAUGCUACUGUACAAACCGCUAGUACAAAUGAAGAACAGAAUCAGAAUGCUGGAACUCAAGGCAGUGAAGACUUCUUUGGAUUCAUGCAGCAAGCAGCUGCUACUCGUGGAGCUGCUACGACAAAUGGAUCUGCAAGCAAUGGAUUAUUUGUUAAUGAUGACGAUGACGAUCUCUAUCAUACUCCGCCUCAAUCGCCAACUCCUGCGGUUCAAACCUCAGUGGCACCAUCCUCAACAACAACAGAUACCGUCCCUGCAAAUCCUCCUGUCACACAUACCCAAGGUGAAGAAUCUGAUGAUCCAUUCAGUGACGAUGAUGAAGAGGAAUUAUUAGCAAUAUCUGGAAACUUGACCCAAGCUUCCCAACCUAUCCCUCCAGAAGAAGACAACUACGACGAAGAAAACGAUCUUGAUUUAAUGAGAGAAUUCGGCGCCUAA